AUUAUUUAAAAAGAAAAAGAUUUUGGUUCGCUUUAUUAUUUAUCUUGUACACAACUUUUGUAAGUGCCGAUGAACAUUCUCAUAAGUAUGAAAAGGGUGAGGAUAUAAUAAUAUGGGUUGAUACUGUAGGUCCGCGUUCAAAUCAGCAAGAAACUUACGAGUAUUUUCAGUUACCAUACUGUAAGGGAAUUCAUGUUUCUGAGCACCAUCAUGAAACGCUAGGUGAGGCAUUGUUAGGUAUGGAACUGGUAAAUUCCGGGAUCGGCAUGAAAUUUCUGACAAACGAAAAAAAUGCAACUAUUUGUGAAAAGGAACUAACACCAAAGGACGUAAAUCUGUUUCGAUAUGCUGUUGUUAAUAAUUAUUGGUAUCAAAUGUUUCUUGAUGACUUGCCAAUAUGGGGAUUUGUUGGAGAAAUUGAUAAUAUUUCAGGCGAUGUGUUUUUGUAUACGCACAGAGAAUUUGAAGUGAACUAUAAUGGCGAUAAAAUUAUUCAAGUGAAACUUGGAAGUGGAAACCCUAUAAAAUUGCACUGGGAGACACAGGAUAUUCCUGUACGAUUUUCAUAUUCUGUUAAUUGGGUUGCAACUGAUGAUCCAUUUGAUACGAGAUUUGAUAAACUUUUGGAUACCGAAUUUUUUGAGCAUAAGAUCCAUUGGUUUUCAAUUUUCAAUUCCUUUAUUAUGGUUAUUUUUUUGGCAGGCUUUGUCAGUAUUAUAUUACUACGCAUGCUAAAGAAAGACUAUGCUAGAUAUGAUAAGGAAGAGACACUUGGAGAUUUGGAUCAUGACUUAGGCGAUGAAUAUGGCUGGAAACAAGUUCAUGGAGAUGUGUUUCGUGCGCCAAGAUCGUUACUACUUUUCUCAGCAUUAGUCGGAACUGGUCACCAACUAGUAUGGCUAACGCUUGUAAUCAUUUUAUAUACAAUCAUCGGAAAUUUAUACGCAGAACGUGCUACUAUUUUGACUGCUUCAAUCUUCUUUUAUACAUUAACCUCAGCGGUUGCUGGGUAUACAAGUGCAAGCACUUAUCAAGUGUAUGGAGGUCGUGAUUGGAUAAAGAAUGUUAUAGCUACGGCUACUUUGUGGCCUGGAAUACUUAGCGUAAUCACUAUAAUAAUCAAUUCCAUAGCUGUAUAUUAUUCUAGCUCACGUGCUAUUCCUUUCACAGUUAUGUUGGCAAUGUUUGCAAUUUGGUCAUUCCUUGUGUUUCCAUUAACAUUGCUUGGAGCAAUUCUUUGUCGUAAUUGGGCAAGUCAACCAAGUUUUCCCUGUCGCGUUAAUCCAAUUCCUAGGCCUAUCCCCGAAAAAGUUUGGUAUGCCGAAUCCCUUGUAGUUAUAGCUCUUGGUGGAAUCCUUCCGUUCGCAUCAAUUUUCAUUGAGAUUUAUUUUAUCUUCUCAUCAUUCUGGGCAUACAAGAUUUAUUAUGUUUAUGGAUUUAUGUUGUUUGUUUUCAUAAUUCUUCUCAUUGUAACAGCAUGCGUUACCAUAGUUAGCACAUAUAUUUUACUCAAUUCUGAGGACCAUCGAUGGCACUGGAUGAGUUUCUUAACUUGUGGAUCUACUGCAGUAUACGUUUAUCUGUAUUCUAUAUAUUAUUUUAUUAACAGAACCAAAAUGUAUGGUCUCUUUCAGACCUCAUUUUAUUUUGGAAAUACGGCUAUAGUAUGUUUUGGACUAUUUGUUAUGUUAGGUACCAUCGGAUAUUUUGCAGCAGACAAAUUUGUUAGAACAAUUUAUAAGAAUGUUAAACUAGACUAGUGAAAUUCUUUCUGCUUUUUUUUUGGAUACAAGAAAUAUAUAUAUAUAUAGUGUUCUUAAUAUUAUUUUAUAUUACUGUUCUUAAUUAUUAUUUUAUAUUACUAAUAUUCAAAUAACUGAUAAUAAUUAUAAUUAUUACUUAUUUAAAGACAAGAUGAUUUAUAAUAGUUUAUUUUUUAGAAAGAAAUAAUUAUCUUAUAAGUUCAUUAUUUUAUGUGAAUAAAAUUGAAAGCCAAA